GAUUCCAGGGGAAGUAACUGAGAUCCGGAAGUUUUGAAAGUGGCUGAGCAUGCGCACACCGCACGAAGUCUGCUGGCCAGGUCUGACCACAUCAGUCUUCGUCCAAAGAUACGUUACAGCUGCUAUGAAAGACAACUCCACUACAUCAACUGUACUACAGGCUGGGAAGGGAGAUAAUUGUUACCCAAGCAUGUGGCAUCAGUGCAUCAACAUUUGUGGCCUACAAAUAAUGCCAUCAGCAUGGAGUGGUAUUUGAAUUUCGCUGCAGCCUGUCCUGAUGUGACCUGAGGUCAUUCUAACCCUGGGAAACUGUGCAUGUGUGCAUCUUCACCCAGAAUAAAGAGAAUGUUUGAACAGUUUCUUUUACAAAACCUAUUGGAAUCUAAGAACGACAACCAUCUUCUACCCUAUAUUUAGACAUUGUAAUAAAUAGUAAAUGCCGAAAAAGAAUCUGACUCUUAACUCAUAAUGAUUCUGAUGUUACAUUUGUGUUCAUUGAAUAGUAUGUACAUAUAUUCUCUUUCUGGCAGCACAGAGUAGCUGUACUUGCCAAGAUCUGUCAUGGAGUCGCAGAAGAGUAUUUGUCUUACAAGUUGUAUUUGAAUUAUUCAGUUAUUCAUAUGCCGUAAGCCAUUAGGCUUAUGAUGUGUGUGUCACAAUGGGAUGGUUAAAGAACUUGCUUCUCAGGAAUAUCUGCUUGAAGCGGGUUACACUGCUGAAAGCUUUGGGUUUUGUGUUGCUGCUCAGUGUCAUCUCUUCAUUCCUUUUUUCCUACCAUCUGAUGAACUUCAGGCCUUUCAGGCGCAUUUCACAGCCACCCCAGCCUCGUGUAACUUGUCGCAUAGACCCCCUAAUGCCCCGGAACCUGUCUCAUCAGCCUCAUGACCACCGCUCCAAGGAGAGGCACCGCCUGGGUCGCAGGGCUCUGAUCAUUGUUGAGACACAAUAUUCCAAGCCUGGCACUAAAAUCAGGAAUUUACUGGAUGCCUGGAGGAUAGAUUCCAAAGUUGAAGCUGUUGCUAACAGUCUUCCAUCUCUCACUCAUGGCGAAAAGGGUAAAUUUGCAGUGGUUUUUUUUGAAAAUUUUUCCACCUACUUAAACAUGGACUCCUGGAAUCGACAACUGCUGGACAAGUAUUGUCAGAGUUUCAGUGUAGGUAUUGUAGGCUUUGUCCAAGCUAAAGAUGAAGAAUCUACAUUGGAAAACAUAGAGGGGUUUCCUCUAACAGUGGAGUACAAUGUGCAGCUAGUAGACUACAGGCUGAAUAUUUAUUCUGAUGUGUGGCGUGUUACCAAACCUGGAGAGAUUUUUGAAGGGGGAUUGCCUGGGGACACAUGGUCAGUGUUUCAUUUCAAUGAUUCCAACUAUGAACCUUUAGCAUAUUCUCUUCUGUUAUCUACAUUAGAAAAUCAGCCAGAUUAUGACAGUGAAGAAAAAUACCGUGUACCAGUUAUUCAUGAUAGAGGGCAGGUGGAUGGCAUUCAACGAGUGCUGUUUGGCGGAAGCCUGGACUUCUGGCUUCACCAUGUGAUGCUUAUGGACAUAAUAUCUUACCUGUCACAUGGUAAAUUGUCUAUGACACUUGACCGCUACAUUCAAAUUGAUAUUGAUGAUAUUUUUGUUGGCAAGGAGGGCACACGCAUGAAGGUGGAAGACGUAGAGGCCCUGGUUGCCAGUCAGAAAAGGUUGCAGGCAGCAGUUGAUGGCUUCCACUUCAAUCUGGGAUUUUCAGGGCGUUAUUAUCUACAUGGAACACCAGAGGAAGAUGCUGGGGACAAAAAGUUAUUAGAGUACCGACACCAGUUCUGGUGGUUUGGCCACAUGUACCGUCAUGAGCAGGCACACAAGUUAGAUCUCAGUUCCCUGGAGUCUACAAUGAUUUCAAACAAGCAGUUUGCGCAGGACUACGACAUCCCUGUCACUCAGCACUAUGCUGUUGCUCCUCAUCACUCAGGGGUGUACCCUGUGCACGAGGAACUGUAUCAGGGCUGGCGCAGCAUUUGGGAUAUUAAAGUGACCAGCACAGAGGAAUACCCAUCAUUGUACCCAUUCUGGCGAAGACGAGGCUUUAUACAUAAUGGCAUUAUGGUACUUCCACGGCAGACAUGUGGCCUGUAUACCCACACAGUUUUUGUUGCUGAUUUCAAAAGUGGACUGCAAGAUUUGGAAGAGAACUUCAAAGGAGGAGAACUAUUUCUGACCAUUCUCUACACACCUUUCAACAUAUUUAUGACACACAUGAACAACUAUGGCAAUGACAGGCUGGCUCUUUACACCUUUGAAGGCGUUGUAAAGUUUAUCCAGUGUUGGACCAAUCUUCACCUUCUGUCCGUACCUCCUGUCCAGUUAGGAAUCAACUAUUUUCACAUGUUUCCUGAGGAGAAAGACCCCAUAUGGCAGAACCCAUGUGACUACAAACGGCACAUUGCAAUCUGGUCUCAAAACAAAUCCUGCAACCGACUUCCAAGAUUUCUUGUGGUUGGUCCACAAAAAACUGGUACAACAGCAUUAUACUCAUUUCUGUCCAUGCAUCCUGGUGUUACCAGCAAUGUUAACAGCCCCACCACCUUUGAAGAAGUGCAGUUCUUCAGCAGCAACAACUAUUACAAAGGCUUAGACUGGUAUAUGGAAUUCUUUCCUGAUCCAGCUAACACAUCUGCAACAAUGCUGUUUGAAAAAAGUGCCACCUAUUUUGACAAUGAAAAUGUUCCUCAGAGAGUGUUUAGCCUCAUACCCAGAGCUAAAAUCAUCUGUAUCCUUAUUGACCCAGCCAAACGUGCCUAUUCCUGGUAUCAGCACAUGCGAUCAAAAGCUGAUGUCACAGCACUGAAUUAUACCUUCUAUAGCAUCAUUACGGCUGAUGAACGCAUGCCUCGCCAUGUGAGAGAACUACAGUCUCGCUGUCUUGUUCCUGGCAUGUAUGCUCAGCAUCUGGUGCGCUGGCUUGACUACUUCCCCUCCCGACAGGUGUUCAUCAUUGAUGGUGAGCAGCUUCGCAACAACCCCAUCCACGUCAUGCACAAGUUACAACAGUUUCUUCAUGUCCAGCCCUAUUUUGACUACAGUCAGCAUCUCAGGUAUGACUCGCAGAAGGGAUUUUUCUGCCAAGUACUGACAGACCGUCGUAACAAGUGUCUUGGACGAAGCAAAGGACGUACAUAUCAACCAAUGGAUGAAGUCAGUGCUGCUCAUCUUCGCCAUUUUUAUCGCAAAUACAAUAUAAAUCUUUCCAAAUUAUUAAAUCGCCUCAAUACGCCUGUUCCUGACUGGCUUCAAGAGGCACUGUCAGAUGAAGACUGACUGGUGGCUGAUAACAAAGCCUUGGUCUCUGCACAUGCCAGAGGAGUUGAGAAGUGAAGGCUCAAACUUCUCAGUUGCUGGGGGCACUGUCUACAGACAUCAGAUUACUUGGAUUAAUGCAUAGAACUUCUUUCAAAAAAGUGCUUGAAAAGAAAGAGUCCAGUGAACAGUUUAUGUGUACCAACAAACCCAGGUAAAAUAUUUUGAGUGGUUCAUGUGAGCAGUAAGAUGUGGAGACUUUACUUCCAGCGUGUGUGCAGUGAGAUGCCAUUACAGAUGUGGUGACUGGCAGGUUAUGGAUGGCAUAACAAGGUGCUGUUAAGUUGUGUCAUUUGUUUAACAUAUUACAUGACACUCUUAGUUCACUGGUCACAUGGUAGAAAUGUCAGCAAGCUUUGCAGCUAAUAACUCAUGCACAUGUUUCUCACACUGCUGUUUAGAAAUGCUGCUGGGAAAAAAUAUGGCAUAGAUGCAGACAUUGGUAGAGUGCAGUUGUGAUUGUAAAGAUAUUGUUUUUGUAAAGGAAUCUGCAUCAUCAUACAGAUCUGGUUAAGAGGUGCAGCUGUUACCUCAUGUUCUGGAUUAUAUAUAUAGCUAUACAAGCUCACCUCAUGUUCUGUACUGUAUAAACCACAAAAAUACUUCCUUUGACAACACUGGGCUGAAGGGCUUAAGUUUGGGAUAGAUGUAAUCAGUUAGAAUCUAAUGCUGAAUAUGCUGCAGUAACAAUUUUCAAGCAUAUUUGUCUAUCAAUAUGGUAACUAUUACUCUAGGUAGGGCCUUGAAAUUAUGAAUUUGUUGGCCUGUAGCCAAACACUUUCCACAUUGUGUCUCACAAUACAGAUGGCAGCAGUUCUCUUGUAGAAGUUGCUUUGCUGCAUAAUGCAUAAGUUGGACUGCAUUAUUGAAAUGAUAAUGGAAGGUGUUUGAAAUUUCACAUCUGGCCUUGGAAAGCAGGGCUGAAGACUGGUAGAUAGAAGGACCAGUAUAGUUGGUGUUGGAAAGUACAGCUAACAUUUGUGGGUUUUAUCCAAAGCAACGAGCUAAAAAAGAAAAUGCUCAGUGUUAGCAUUUAGCACUCAUGUAUGUUUUUCUAACACUCAUCACAAAUGUUUUACUACUUUCAAGUAAUAAAAAAGGAUUAUGUAAUUUAUGUUUAUUUAUAUAGCACUUUUCCCAUCAUUAAAUGUGGGCUCAAAGUGCUUUACUAAAGAGAAAAACACACAAACAUAAGAAUGGAUGCUGGUCUCAAAAAAGUUGUAGAAUCGCUGUAUGUUUGUGACCUUCGCCUUUUGCAGUCUAUAGCUGCUAGGCACAGGAGACACUGUCAAACAGCAUGAUGACCACUUAUGAUGAUGACUCAGUGGUGUAAAGAGUGACCAUCAUCUUGUUUUCUGAUGGUGGAGAAUCAGUUGAGAUUUGGAACAAGCACAAUGUUUUGUUAAUGAUUUGUCCGUCAUGACUUUUGUCCCUCAUUAGCCUCUUAUCACUCGUGAACUUUACCAGCUACUUGUUUUAAGAAAGACAUAAGUACAGUAACCAGGUCAUGGGGAAGUGCGGACAUAAGACGUAAGUACAGUAACCAGCUCGAAGGCCUCAAAAACAAGUUGGCCUUUUUCAGCAUCAGCAUUUAGUCUGAGCGACACGUUUCACUGAGCUUCCUGGAGAUACAUAAUGUCAAUCAUUGCAGACUGAUGUGUCCUCACAAAGCUUGCUGUGAUAGCUCAACAUUCUGACAUUAUGAAGCGCCUUGAGCUUGUCCACAUAGCAGAAUAAGGCGUUACAUAAGCCAGCGUUUUUUUUUAUUAUUAUUAUUGAAGCAGCUGGAGGAAGACCGAGUUUGAAGUCGACACUGCUGAUACACAGAUGUCAAAUCUAAGUAAUGGCAAGAUGGUGCAGAUGUGACAGCUGAAAUAAAAUGGCCCAGGAAAAGAGCGGGAGAUCUCCAAUCAAUUUGUAGUGAGGUAUGAUAGGUCGUGUACAGCUUCAGGUAUGAACAGUGUCUUUCAUAUCUUUAAUAUGCAUCACUCAUGAGAAGUCAUUUUAGCAAAAAUAAAAAUGAGGUACUGUAGAAACUUUAACAAAAAAGAUAUCUGAGAGCGAGUUGCUGUGUCCUUGUGUAAAUGAAGAUCUUCAGGCAGUUCACUAGAGAGCAUAUGGGAAAUUAUUGAUGCAUAUUUUGUCUCAGAGAAUCAUUUACAAUAUGUUAUAAAGCUUUAUGUUGUGGGUUCCAACACAAUACUGUUCCUAUAUAGUUUACAAACUAUUGACCCAUCCACAGUCACUCUACCAGCUCAGCAUCUUGCCUCAAUGUGACUGGUGAUGCAUUCUACUUUUGCUCACUGCCUGCUCAAUCAGUCUGCCAUUUAAUAGUCUUACAAGAUUUGUGCAGCUUACACUUGCAAUGGAGUAGAGGGGAUGCCGGACUAUAAAUCAAGCAUUCAAGGGAACAAUAUGGACGAUGACCUUCAUGUACGCUAACUUCAACAACUCACAGCAUCCAAUGGAUGGACAACUACUACUUCAGGGGGUUAUUAAAGUUGUGUUGUACCAUGUCCUACAUGAGUCAGUGUGCAUCACAUGCUUCCUUCAAUUGUAAUGGAAAUCAAAUUCACAGGAAAAAUAAAUCCUAAAUGAAUUUAA